GCUUUUCUUUCGGUGGACGCCGCGUUUGUUGACAUGUCAUAUCGACUGUAUAGGUCACGUGACAAUCGGUCUAUUGGCUCUGGCUCGACUCGGCUGACCGAGUUCUUUUACCUUAGACUAGAACGUUUUCUGCAUUUUAAUGCACAGCUUUUGCCUGGUUUAAUGUUACAUUCAGGAAGUUUAAACCAUUUUUUGUUGCAGGGCUUUUAACGGAACCGUCACGAGGCGAUCACAUUCACCUUCCAAUAAUGCCCGACUACUGAGCGUAUCGAGGCGCAUGCGCCCUGUUCUGGUGAGCAGGGUUGAGACCGCUAUUGAAGUAUGUUCUACUUUGUCGCCCAACAAUGUAAAAUGCAUACAUAGCCUCAAUGAACAUUUAUGGAAUGGACUCCACUUCAUAAGCAGAUCUGCGGGGGAGUGAUGGGUCAAUGUUUAUUCUUUGGAUGUACAAUAUACUCUGAAAUUUGCUUUUCUACAUGACGAGCGACUUCUGGCAAUCAUCACAGUGACGGCCACAAGGAGUAAUUUGACUACCUAAGGUGUUGAUCAAGCCGUAGCUAGCAACCGUAAGACUGUGAAGUUAUGGCGGGCUGUUGUCACUCAUUUUGUAUCGGUGUGUAGUUUUUGCCGGUUGCAUCAGAUCUUUGUAGUAUUGCCGUCCGUUUGGCAUCGUUUCCAACACGUGUAUAUUUCUUUAUUACUGCUGGGUGCUCUGGGAACCUUGGUAGAUGAAGCUUCAUUUCAAAAUUUGUUUGUGGCUGUAACAUUUAACAGUCGCGAAGAGCAAGAAUCGAAUUAUACAUUUCAUGUUAGGAGGAGCUUGUUUCAUAUCACAGACCAAAAUUUAAUCUGACGUUGAAAAUUGGCGUUUGUUCUCGCUUUCGUCUCAAGAAUGAACCGGCCUUUACUGAGAAUCAAACGAAGAUGCACGACUGCAGUCUGCCUUUUAAUGGAAGUUUCCUCGUAGCGUGCGAUUUUUGACCUUACACUCAUCACUAAGUGUUAUCAACCGACGGCAACAACACCAUUGUAGCUGAGGCAUUUUGCAAGGUAAGUGUGGCCGGGACACAUCACAAACAUUCCACUUGGCGAAGUGCUGGUUGUGACUGGCUCCACAAAAAUGAGUAUUAUGGGACAUAUUUCUCAAAAUGGGUUAUAAAUUUUAAUUGGUUACAUUAUACGGUUUCAUUCGGUGUAGGUUUGAACCUUGUGGCAUUUUGCAAUCUGGAGAUAUUGAUUUUGGCAUAAUCAUACCGUACAUAUUAACAGAAUUGCUUUUCAGAGAUGAAGCCCUAAACUCAGGAAGUGGAAAAAAAUCAACCAAGAAGAAAGUCUUUUUUUAUACAAAUGGCAAAAGUUAGGUUUCUGUUAUGAAUUGUGAAAGUACUAAUAUAAUAGAAGCCAAUAAACCAGGAAGUAAAAGAAAUCAGCCUCAGCAUGAAAUAGCACAGUGUCCCUUAAUACCCUUUUUUGCAGAGCGGGCCACAUUUGGUUGCAGUAUUUAGUUUUUGAUGUCCCAAAGAAAGUCUGUUGCUGCGUAUUUCUAUUUUGUCAAGAAGACAAUUUUUCAGUAAAGCUUGUUAAAAAAUACUUCUUCCAAAGGGACUCAAACCAACCACUGGAAACAUUUUACCACUUGACCACCGAGCAAAUUGAGGUCGGAUCGUUGUACUGUAGUGGCAAGAACACUUUUUGUCACCAAAACUUGCGAGUAUAAAUAUUUUCAUUGCAGUCGACUACUGUGUCUCAGUGAGUGCUGUCCCAAAAGGCGUUGAGUGUCUCAGUGAGUGCUGUCCCAAAAGGCGUUUGGGACUGCUUUGCGAUGACCUCUCUGUGUCUAUUAACGUCGAUAUGGGAGUUAGACUCUCCUGAACAAGCCCAGCUGCUCAGCCUAUCACAAAUUUGAACAGCCAUUUUGUCCUGCUGACCAACUCUAUGAAGUCAACAAAUUGGGUUUUUUGGUGGGUCAGUUAUAGAUCCAGACCUUGACGGAUAUCUGACCACAAUACAGAUUCCAAAUCUUGUGUCAAAAUUUUCCUUUAACAAUUUUUUUCUCUCAUUUUAAUAGACUGAAGAACAUGUCAUUGGGGAUGGUAGUCAGCGUGGCUUUGGUGGCCGCGUUGGCGUAUGUUACCUACCUUCUUGUCAGCACGGUGCGCUCCAUUCAGAAGCAGAGAGCUGCAAUUCUACAAUGGCCAGGCCUCCCCGUGCACUGGCUUUAUGGAAACCUUCACCAGCAUCCGUUGACAAAUCCGAAAAUUCGGUCAGAGUCGCCGGAGGAGGGCUUCGCCUUCACCCGUGGAAUGACGGAGAAGUUCCCGCGGGGAUGCCGUUUACUUUUUGGUCCGACAAGCGGAAUCAUCCUUGCAAACCACCCGGACAUUUUUAGGCCUGUGAUGAAAAGACGAGACCCGAAGCCCCUGAUACAGGGCGCUCUGUCCUACAAUUUUGUGCGGCCCUGGCUUGGGGACGGACUGCUCCUCGCUAAGGGGGAUAUCUGGGUCCGUACUCGUCGCCUCCUCACCCCAGCCUUCCACUUUGAUGUCCUCAAACCCUACAUACAAGUCAACAACUCAGCCGUUGAUGUGUUUAUGACCAGGCUGGAGAGGUAUGUUUUGGAUGGCGCUAGUUUCCCGGUGACCAAGCACGUAAGCCUGCUAACCCUAGAUAUCCUCCUUCGAUGUGCCUUCUCAUAUGACUCCAGCUGUCAAAUCCAAGGUGAUGAACAUCCUUACGUGAAAGCAGUGGCAGAGUUAUCGAAAACUGUCACAGAGAGAACAUUCUCGAUGUUUCUUUACUUCAAUUUGCCAUUCGGUCUAUCUUCAGUGGGGCGCAAGUUCAAGAAGAAUUGCGAUUUCGUUCAUAAAGUUGCAGACGAGAUAAUAAAACGGCGUCGGAAACAGCUGGAUACAAAUAAGCAAGGUCAUGAUGCAGGGUCGGACCGUAAGUACCUCGAUUUCCUGGACGUCUUGUUGUCCGCUCGAGAUGAAAGCGGUAAAGGAUUGACGGACAUGGAGAUCCGCAACGAGGUGGACACCUUCCUCUUCGAGGGUCACGACACCACGGCCAGCAGCCUGACAUGGAUGUUGUAUGCCAUGGCAACGCUUCCCGAACAUCAGAGGAAGGUCCAGGAGGAGAUUGAUGAAGUGAUGUCGGGCAGGGAAUCGGAAGAUGUUGGCUGGGAUGAUCUGGGAAAGUUCAAAUACUUAGUGCAGUGUCUUAAGGAGUCGAUGAGGAUGUACCCACCUGUCCCUUUCAUCAUGAGGGUUCUUGAGAGGGACGUCGAAAUCGAUGGCAAGAUCCUCCCAGCUGGAACCAGCUUGCUAAUGGCCAUCUAUUGCCUUCAUCACAAUCCUCAAGUGUGGCCGGAUCAUAUGACCUUUGAUCCUGAUCGAUUCUCUCCCGACAACAUCCAGAAAAUGGACCCUUUCUCCUAUCUUCCAUUUGCUGCUGGCCCAAGGAACUGUAUAGGGCAGAAUUUUGCCCUGAACGAGCUGAAGGUGAUCCUUGUUCGUCUGCUGAGGAGGUAUACCGUUCAGCUCGACCCCAGCCACCCGGUCCAAUUCUCCGGUGGGAUGAUACUGAAGGCUCACAAUGACAUCAAGAUCUUUCUUAAACCACGCGUGUUGUGAAGAAAUAAUUGUUUUGAUCUGAUUAGUCCUGAUGACUGCUUCUGGUGAAAAAGAGUGUCAUACUCAGUUUGUUGGUGAAACACAAAAUUCGUAUGAAGUACAAUUUAAACGUCGUUCUGAAACAAGACUAGGCCUAUCCUUGGAAAUGUUAAGCAGUAUGAAAAACAUACCUGUGAGCGAUGAAUCGGUCUGCAGUUGAAAUAUUUUAGGUUUCAUAUUAGUGCUGUUAUCGUAGUGGCCUGUGGUUACGUCAGUGCCCCGAUGGGGUGAGAGCUAAUUAAUUAUGUAUCCCGCAGGACACAUUAUGCCUUGCGCGGACAGAGCCUCAACAUCCACUGCAACAAAUAGUCUCUCGGACUCCACGUUUUAUUACUUUAAUUUGGUGAUACUUCUUUUUUAAUCCUCGGUUGUAAAUUACUACUUUAUAAACACUGUUUCAUUGAUAAUCAAUUCUGAUUCCAGUGCAUGCAGUGGUUGAGGGUAAUUAGGGGCCUACACUGAGCGUUUUUUAUGAAUGGCGGAGCAAUAUAUAACAUUUACCCACGGCUUUGUGGCUGUGGGCGUUGGGUGUUCUCGAACUUUUCAGGGUGCGGUCUUUUAUCGCCACUUCGAGCUGAGCAACGCCCAGGUAAGAAAGUUGCCCCAAAAUUCCUUGCUUUCGGUACCCUAUCUAGGUUGCGUACCCUCACUACACUGGUAUCAUCGUGACCACUGAUCGCCAAGGAGCACAUUAGUUAGUAUUAUACUUAAGGCUUAUGGUAUUUUAAGUCAAUUUGGGGAGUGUUUUCUUAAUCCUAUUCGUGGGAUUCCUUCACAAUAGAUUUCUAUGCCUCACACGUUACGUAGUAAACAAGACAUGCCACGUUGCAUAUACUGUGCAUGGUAGACCUGGUAUGUAACGUCGCGCUGUUUAUUACAGUACAACGCAUACGUGGGACUGGGCUUUGCAUCAGUGGGGCAUGACAACAUUUUCCGGGGUUAAACUUUUAUGUCAACCGUGGGCUUUCAAUAAUUGUACAAUGUACGUUCCCAUAUAACUGCAUGUACAUAUGCUGAUGGAUAUUGUUAUUGGUGUCGUUUAUGUACCUGUUCUUGAAUGUGUACUGUAUUGUGUUUUGACAGCAGCUCGAGAGUUGGGGGGGGGGCUUAAUUGCCUACGUGCUCAGGCCGACACCAGCAAACCUAGCUCGAACUCAUCACUGUCUGAGCUACCACACGGGGAUAAUUUAUCAAAGUGCACGUUAUAUUUCAAUUACAUGUUUUGCAGACCACUUUUGUAACUGGAGAAUAGUAGCUCUUGUACGACCAAAUUGUACUUUGUAUGCAACAUUUCUUUAGUUUAAAUGAUUAUGUAAUUAUUUUACAUUCAGGAUUUAUUUUGAGGUGCAAACUCAAGUGCUGAAAUGAGACUGAUGAGUCAUUUAGAAUAAAUACUUGAUAGCAUAUCCGGUGUCCGACUCAUCCUUGGGGAGUAUUCUUGGUGCCUCAUCGUCCAAUACUGGAGGAUGGACCUACCACCCCACCACCAGGGGCGGCCUAGAAAUCCAGGUCCGGACACAUUAUUAACUGGUCCAAGAUUAUUUCUUUGCUUAAUAUUUUUUCCCAUUUUGCCAUUUUCAACAUCACUUGGUGUAUUCUUUCUGGCUGCAGGUCAUAUUUACUUUUUAAUGUUUAUAACUGGUUCCAUUUAAUUUUAAACUUUAUUAGAGUAUCAGCUCUGGUAAUUUUAACGAGAUUGUUUUAAAUUGUUUAGAAAAUAUGCUUGCAUAAGUGCGCAAAUUCUUAGGUUAAAGUAAGUUUAAUUUCAAAUCUGGUUUUAUUUUUUUGUCGUUUUAUCAACUCUACUUAGACCCAAGAGAGAUCAGUGAGUUUAUAUAAAUUGAAUGGACACCCAGUAGUGAGGGGGGUAGUCUGGCACAAUUUGACCUUUGCUACAGAAAUAGGAAAAGAUCACACGAGUAGGCAUAAGCAUAAUAUUUAUGAUCUUAAGGAUGUGAAUAGGAAUGAGUUAAUAUGGUAAAAGAUGUAUACAUGAUGUCCGACAAUAGAUGUUUAACAGUGGGCUAUUUUUGAAUGAUAAUAAAACAGAAUUUGUCAUUA